AUGAAGUUCAGCACAGUUCUCACAGCCAUCACCUCGGCGAGCCUUGCAGCUGCAAAGCCGAUCUCCAAGCGGGAGCUGGGCGGUGUCCUCCUGUGCACUGGAGCCAACGCCACAGGCACAUGCGAGCAUGUCGUCUACCCGCUGGAGACGUGCGUCAACGUGACUGCACCCUUCUACCAGAACGCGGCGACGUUUGCGCCGGACGGCGAGGAGUUCUUCUGCUACCCGUACAUCAUGCCCUGCGGCGGCCUCUGCACGUCGCCGACAGGAUGCACCAUGGGCCCCGUCGACUUCACAUACAAGAACAAGUUCAACAUGAGCGUUACCGGCUGGGACCACUACCUCUCGAGCGUCACCUGCCACCAGGGCCCAACCCCCAGCGGUUUUUACUAG